CUUGGCACUGAGACUAAUAUGGUGCGUAGUGUACCCUUAAAUUCUGAUGUUGAAAUAACUUGCCGAUUCGCUAAAGUAAUUUGGUAUAGAAACGAUCAACUAAUAGAAGCAAAUAGAACUUUAAAUUUAAGAUCUAUACAAGCCAACGACAUCGGUACCUACAGUUGCUAUACUCCUAUUGAACUUCAUGGUUUAAAAUGGUCGAACCUUACACUUAAAAUAACAGACCCACUCUCUACGAUCGAAGACGAUAUUGCUGAUUUUAAGCUUGUCUCAUAUGACGAUACUGUUAAUAUAGAAAAUUCGGAACAAAAUCAAAUUUUCGAUCAACCUAGUGAAGAUGAAUACAUUCACAAAACAGUCGGUGAAUCAGUGAAAUUUAGUUGCGGUGAACAGUAUAAUUCCAUUUACAACGUUACAUGGUCAUUAAAUGACACGUUACUCGAUAACAACGACGUGCAUUACAAAAUGAGUCAAUGGUCUUUACUGGUUGAUAACCUAAAGUUUGUAGAUCAAGGUAUAUACAAGUGUUUUUUAUGCAACAAAAUUGAUUGUAUGGAAAGGGUCACUAUGCUCGUAGUGCAUGCGUUUAACAGUUCAGCUCCAUAUGUCAGCGGUGCAUUACAAAACCAAACUGUUAACCUUAAUGAGCAUGUCACAUUUGAAUGUGAAAUUAUUUCCGAUUUAACACCUUUAAAUUUUAUUUGGGUGAAACAUCAGGAGUUGAAUAUACCAAAAGUAUCUUUAGAAAAAGCGCUUUUGCAAUAUCAGCAGACACUGACUCUAAGUUCAGCAUUUAUGAAGUUACCUACUAACCCAGAUUCGCCAAAUAUAUUACGUUUGGGUAAUGUGCAACUAGACGACCAGGGUUGGUAUACUUGUAUUGCCUCUAAUAAUUUCGGCUUUGCAAAAACCAGUGCAUAUCUAUCAGUUUUUGCAACUGCUGAGCUGCAUAAUGAGACUAUUAUCAACGAAACACUUACGUAUGUCCCAAUAGCCGUGGAUAAAUACAUCCCAAAAACAAAAUUAUCAAAACAGGUUUUAAAAAGUAAUAGUAUGGAAAUUUAUAAUCAGGACAUACAAUCUACAGCGAUAGAUAAAAAUGAUAUUGAUAGUGAACACCAUAGUGAGUUGGAUUUUGAUGCAAAGGAAUCGACAGACUACAGUGGCAAAGAAUCUGCACCAGAAUUUAAAAAACUGAAUCAACUGCAUCCACUUAUAUUGAAACCCGCUGGUAGUACUGUGAGUCUAGCAUGUGUUGCCAAUGGGAAUCCAUUGCCAAAUAUUACUUGGUCGUGUAAUAACACAGAAAUAAUACGCCAUAUUGGUAAGGUUACAUACAAGAAAUGGUCUGUUACAAUGGAGGAUGUCAUUACUUCUGAUACUGGUGCUUACACUUGUCAUGUAUGUAAUAAACUUGGUUGUCGUAACUACACUACCAAACUUAUAGUGACAGAUCGUUUACGUUCGAAACCAAUACUUAGUGAUAAGUUUCCACAGAAUCAAACAGCUUUAAUAAAUAGUAGUGUGAAUUUUAAAUGUGUAGUCGUUUCGGAUUUAGAACCACAUAUAGAAUGGAUUAAGCACACCCAUGCUAAUCGAAGUUCCACAGAUCUUGCAAAAGAUAUUCCUAUCAUAUCCAAUAAGGAGAAUAAUGAGAACAAGGAAUUUAUUAGAUUACCUACCGAUGCGGAUCAGAAACAUAUACUGCGUUUAGAAAAUGUAACGCACACUGACGAAGGUUGGUAUACGUGUAUAGCUGCGAAUAAUUUAGGUCAAGCUUCAGCAAGUGCAUAUUUAAAAGUCGUUGACAAGUUGCCUAGUCGUGAAAUAUACACAAUUAUACGUAAUCAUCCACUAUUGAUAACAAUAGUUGCAAUAGUAGUGUUAUUGCUACUCUUCUUUGGAUCCAUUUUCAUGGUUUACGUUUUACGUAAACUUAAACAUGAGAAAUUAUUGAAACAACGCAUUGAGACGGUGCAUCAAUGGACCAAAAAAGUUAUUAUAUACAAACCACCUUCGUCAGAUAGCGGUAACUCAUGUGACUUACAAAUGCCGGUCAUUAAAAUAGAAAAGCAACGCACCACUUUUCAGACCUCAUCCAAUAUGGACUCAUCACAAGCUUUCAACGAAUAUGAAUUUCCACUAGACUCAAAUUGGGAAAUAAAUCGCAAUCAAUUGACACUUAGUUCAACACUUGGUGAAGGUGCUUUCGGACGCGUAGUCAGAGCAGAAGCAAGUGGUUUAACACAUGCACCUCCAAAUUCGACUACAAUUGUGGCUGUAAAAAUGGUUAAAGAGGAGCAUACUGAUGCUGAUAUGGCAAGUUUAGUGCGUGAAAUGGAAGUUAUGAAAAUAAUUGGAAAGAACGUAAAUAUAAUAAAUUUACUUGGAUGUUGCAGUCAACAGGGUCCACUUUGGGUAAUAGUCGAAUUUGCUCCUCAUGGGAACUUAAAAGAUUUCCUUAAAAAGAAUAGACCUAUUUCCACUAUUGGCAGCUCCAGUUUACAAAGAUUUCGUAGUAAUUUUGAAGAGGAGAAGGCACAGUUAACCGAAAAAAAUUUAAUCUCAUUUGCAUUCCAAAUUGCACGUGGAAUGGAAUAUUUAGCGUCGAGAAGAUGCAUUCACCGCGAUUUAGCAGCGCGUAAUGUCUUGGUCAGUGAUGACUAUGUAAUGAAAAUAGCUGAUUUUGGCUUAGCACGCGAUAUACAAGAUACGGAUUAUUAUCGCAAAAACACUAAUGGACGUUUGCCUAUUAAAUGGAUGGCACCAGAAUCUCUGCAAGAAAAGUUUUAUGAUUCCCAGUCCGAUGUUUGGUCAUAUGGCGUACUGCUUUGGGAAAUUAUGACAUAUGGUGAACAACCAUAUCCCAAUAUUAUGUCAGCUGAAGAACUUUAUAGUUAUUUAAUAACAGGCCAACGAAUGGAAAAACCUCCGCGUUGCUCUUUGAACAUUUACAUGCUUAUGCGACAGUGUUGGCACUUCGAUUCUAGUUCACGACCGACUUUCAAGGAAAUUGUUGAAAAUUUAGAUAAAAUUUUACAAGUGGCAAAUAUUAACAGUAAUGAGGAAUAUCUGGAUUUGUCUAUGCCUAUGCUUGAGACACCGCCUUCGUCGUGCGAUGAAGACGAUGAACCUGAAACCUUUAGAGAGACUUCACCAUUAAGAUAUCAGUACACUUAUAAAUUUAACAAGAGUUAAAUUUUUUUUACAUAAGUGCAACUUAAUGAAUAUCCUGUUUCGAGAUAUAUUUCAGAUUAAAUAGAAAGCCAUAUUUUGUAAUUCACAAAUACUCAUAUUAUAAGUAUUAUUCGUAAAAUUGUUGGUAUGUUUAAUUUUAAAUUUUCUA